AUGAUGGAGGAGUCCAGUUCUCAGAAGCUGGCCUGGGACGGCGAAGCUAAAGCUAUGCAGCAGUGUUUGACCGACAUCUUUACCAGCGUGUACACCACCUGUGACAUCCCUGAAAAUGCAAUAUUCGGCCCUUGUGUGCUCAGUCACACUUCUCUGUAUGACAGCAUCGCCUUCAUCGCCCUGAAAUCCACAGACAAGAGGACCGCGCCUUAUAUAUUCAGGGUGGACACGUCGGCAGCCGGAAGUUCCUCGGAAGGUCUGAUGUGGCUACGGUUGGUCCAGUCCGCGAGAGACAGAGACGAGCAGAAUUUGGAAGCUUACAUCAAGAACGGUCAGCUCUUCUACAGGUCGUCGAGGAGGAUCGAGAAGGACGAGGAGCUCCUGGUGUGGUACGGGAAAGACCUGAUCGAGCUCCUGCUGCUCGGCUCCAGCAGGAACCUCAAGAGCAAAGGUUCGUCACCGUAUUUGUGUCCAGACUGUAGUCAGCGGUUCCAGUUCGAGUUCCCGUUCGUGGCUCAUUUGAGAUUCCGCUGCACCAAGAGACUGCAAAUCAUGGCCAAUGAAGACGAACCCAAGGACACCAGAGACCAGGUCGGGCUUCCCGCCGCAGGUUCCAGCCCGAAAUUGGGACGAUCCGAGGGUUUCCCGAGCGCCAAGGAUGCUAAACCGGUGACAGACUUUCACAACCUCGCGAGGGACUUGGAGAACAACAGAAGGAGCCCUCCGUCUGACAAGGAGGCCGAGAUCCUAAGCGAAAGUUCAGUAAAGCACAGCCUGGAGGUCCACGCCCGGAGCUUAGGAUCGGCCGCCAAGUUCAAGGAAGAUCUGUCCAGCUCAGCCCAGCAUUACCGCGGCGUGUACGGCCUGGACGAUCACAGGCGUCCGUUCUCGUCCUCGGAGGCGCCCGAGAUAAAGCGCAGCGCCUUCACCGAGGUCAAGAAGUCGCCGCAGGGGUUGAAGCACAGCUCCAAGAACGCCGGAUUCAAUUCGGAAAACAAGACGGAAGCUGCGAGGCCCGGCGGCGAGAAGCACGCGAGCAUCCGGCAGGUGCUGAGCGAGACGCAGCCGACGCAGUCGCGCAUCGAGAGCUCGUCGGUAGCCAGCGCGUUCACCUCCGUCCCGCGAGACUCCGGAGGCUCGGAGCGCAAGAGCGCGUUCAGUCAGCCGUCGCGUUCGUUCUCGCAGCUCUCGCCGCUCAUCAUGGCGCCCAAGCUGAUGUCCGGCGUGGAUUGCCACCCCGCCGUGGGCGACACGGUGUCGUCCAGCAGACUCUACCAGGCCGACCACCUGGGCGCCAAGCUGCAGGGCUCCGAACUGGGUGCCAACUGUCCGGUCCCGGGCGGCAUGACCAAGCAGAACCCGUUCAUGUACGCGACGACUUUCUGGCCCAAGUCGUCGAGCGCCAUGCAGCUGCAGAUGCCCUCGGCGCUGACGCUCCUGCCCCCGUCGUUCACCUCCCUCUGUUUGCCGGCGCAGAACUGGUGCGCCAAGUGUAACGCCUCCUUCCGGAUGACCUCCGACCUGGUGUAUCACAUGCGCUCGCACCACAAAAAGGAAUUCGCCAUGGAGCCGUUGGUCAAGAGGCGGCGCGAGGAGAAGCUCAAGUGCCCCAUUUGUAACGAAUCGUUCAGGGAGAGGCAUCACCUGUCGCGUCACAUGACCUCUCAUAACUGACUGUUUUUGGGGAACGCUGUCUUUCCAACUGUGGGGAUGACGUCCACCUUCGACCCGAAACUGGAAAUCGUCACGUGAUCUCAUUUUUUUUGUUCGGAUUGUAUCUUUCAAUUUUCUGUGUGUAUGAAAAUGCAACUUUUAAUAAUAUCUAUUUAUCAGAUGAAGCACUUAUUGGUGGGAAGGGGGGGAUCAAAUGUACUUUGUAUUUUGUAAAUAUUUAUGUAUAAUGUACAGAAAUGAACUGAUGUAGUUCAGCGUCAUGGAAACCUGGUUGACGAUAAUUUGGAUCCCGACGUGGUCCUAUAUUUAAGAAUGCAUGUACAUUAGAGCUAUGGGUUUAAAGAAGCAAGUCUAUUUACAACACUGUAAAUAAAUGUUUGAAUACGACAAAGGUGUAAUAUUUUGUGUCUGUGAGGAAUAGAUUCGGUGUUUCAUCCUUUUGCUGAAAUUGAAUAUUUGAUAGAUUAUCCAACCA